AUGGCCUGCAGCCCUUAUGAUACUCAAAACGACCUACGAUUUGACACCUUUGAUCAAUCGGACCAAUCCUCGCUAUUCGCACCAACCCCAGGAUACCAUAUACCCAGAACACCACCCGUUAUUGGCUCUAUCGAUUAUAACAACGUUCUGGGUGAUGAAUCACCUGCCUUGCCAGAUAGGCAGUCGGAGCCGAGUCAGAUACCACUACUUCAACUAUCCGAGUGGGAGGAGGGGAAGUCGUAUGACGAAUCUCCACCUACUUAUCUGCACUACUGGAUUGUGUGGAAAGUGACUCUCAACAACAAGGUUGUCAGAAAGAAUACAGAGCAAGACCUGGUUUUGGCUCCUCGGUUCUAUUGGCGUCUGUUCCUGCAGCCAAAGUUGAACGAACUUGUGGGCAAGAAAUUUCCGCAAAGGAGGGUUGAACUAGAUGACACAGCUAUCGUGGUAUCUGUGAAUCGCCGCACCCAGCAAGAUCUCAUUCUUUGUUUUGACCAAACUGAUGUAGAUUGGCCUACUGUGGAAAAGCAACUUCUCUCCUGGGGUGAUCUAUUCUCAGCUGGGAAGAAGCUAACUCUCAAUAUCUCGUUUAACUAUACCGAUGGUAUCCAAGGCGUGAAGUCUGGCUCCAGAGCAACCGAUAAAAGAGGCGUUACAUCAGUUACCCAGCGCAUGCUUCUUGAUCGACACCUAGAUAUCAAUGCUGAAGAGGAGGCUAAUGGGCAGCCGGCUGCCUGGGCUCAUGUUUAUAGCUUGAUGCGUUGCUCUGGGCGACCAUGCGAGCUGGGACCGCACUGUUGGAGAGACCCUGUCAGCAAAAAGCACUAUAAACUUACCGCGCAAAAUCUGAGGGGCCUUGUCAAUUUUGUGGAGCAGGGCGGAGUGUUGAACUCCCAUUAUGAUGUCCCUGAAACAAUACGGGAAGGUUUAUAUACACAGGAGCAACAGCGACUUGAGAGGCAAAAAGGAUCUAAGCACUGCACGACUGGAACGACCUACCCGCCUAUCAAUAUCACAAACGUACUCCCUGCGCCGUCUUCUCAUUCUCCUGUGCCAGCUACACCGAAUUCCACGCCGGCCAUGUUUGCUGGAAAGAAUAUCGCUGAAGUUUUUGAUAUUCCCGGUCUACGUGACCUUGCUGUUGCUGAAUAUAGUGAGUGGCAGCAAUCACAAGUGAGUGAUGAGAAAUUGAAGGCAGAAUUCCGUACAGCCCGUGACCUUGCACUGGGGGAUGGACUAGACUUGCUGCAAGUUCAUGAGGAUCAGGAUCCUGAAUUCUUCAUCAAGAAUGGGGUAAAGAGAGGAAUCGCUCGGCGCUUUGUUGGUGACAUUAUAUAUUGGGUCAAAAACAAUAAAUGUAGCAUGGAAGCGGGGGACUUGUUCGUUGAAAGCACAUGA